AUCAUCUCGUAUCUACAUCGAAAUUCACGAUUUUGAACUACACGAUGCACCUCCCCACUAUGUCGAGGGAUUCUCGUGUCAAGUUGACCUCCGGCAAAUCGUCGUAUAAUCAAAACGACUUCCAAAUCAACCAGGACGAGCCCCUCAUUUCCUUCUUCAAUCAUUGUCUACCCCGCGAACCCCUCAGCGCCCAACUUCCACGCCAUGACAAUGAAUUCGGUGCUGACAGCCUCUCCAUUAAUGAUUCUCUCACAAUUUCUUUCCGGCGCACAAUCCGUGUACCAGAAACUGGUAAAUCAAACAAUCUUCCACCAGGACUUGGGAGCUUCCCACUUUACAAUGUUUCCGAGUUCUCCCAUAUUUUGCCACAAGAUAUGGUCGAGAAAGGUGGUUUAUUUCUUGCAAUGUACCAACGGGAAGCGAUGUGGUUGCAGUUCAAAAGCAACAAAAAAUUCGCUAUUCGGAUAUAUAUUGGUGGCGUCAAUAGCAUCUCUGGCGAGCCCAUGAUUCCGAACAUGGCUACUCUGCUCAAACGACAAAAUGGCGUUGCAAAAAAGCAGGACUACAUCACCGUACCUGAACAGCCAUGGUUAGAUGGUAUUGCAACUGGUCCGGGUGUAGUUAAGCAGUUUGUUGCUGUUCCCUAUGGAUCAGGUUAUUCGAUCGAGCAUCAGAUCACCGGGUCAGAGACAACGGGCGGGAUCCAAUUCGAGGUGAUACCAGCGUACAAAACCUCAGUGCGUUUUGAGGGAAUGGAUAUCUAUCGCACCCCUCACGAACUCGGACUCUCUCUCGGCUCCGAAAUGACUAUGACAAACCUGGAAAUACCCCCACCUACAACCACUUACUGGGGCAUGAGUAUUUUUGUGAAGACCAUCUCGGGAAAGACAAUAAUUAUAUGGACAGAAGGUUGCGAUACUGUACACGGUCUCAAAUCGAAGGUCCAAGACAAGGAAGGAAUUCCGCCGGACCAGCAACUGCUCGUCUUUGCUGGAAAGCAACUUGAAGAUGGCCGCACGCUUUUGUACUAUAAUAUUCAAAAGGACUCGACGAUUCAUUUAGCCAUGAGACUGAGAGGGGGUGGGGAAUUGAUGCCAACAAUGAGUUUCGCCGCUGGCGGGAUGAUCAAGCAGGUCAUCAAUGAAGACCACAACAACCCACUUAUCUGGGACGUCAAGAGGGCGAAGGUCUUCAACGUACAAGUCAUGAAUGCGGCCCAUUUCGAACAUAUCACCAAGAUGAUGGCACCCCCAACCCCAGUAGAUGUCAAAGUGUAUGCCGCAGCAGGCCUUCCUUUCUUUGACAUCUUCAAUGAAGUGCCAACCGACAUACACGGAUAUGACAUGUUUAAGAUGAUCAAGACUGUUUCUACGUUGGAUUGGAUGUUGGGCGUGGGGACGGCUGUCACUUACGAGCCUGGCGCGCGCGUCCCUUUGCAGAAAUGCGAAUGCCAAAACAAUAUGUUGGGCUGCGUUAUCCGUCCUUGCAAUCACGCCGUUUGCGCGGUGUGCGCAUCAUACGGUUCCUGCACUCGGUGCCCAGUUUGCAAGAAAUCGGUGACAAAGGUUGUGGGCAUUGCUGCCCCAAUGGGCGCCCCCGGCAUGGAGUCAGUUCCGAAGCUUCCAGUAGUAUUGUUGGAUAUGCAUCAAGUGAAUGAUGGGCGGGAGGAAUUCGUCAGUAUUGUCCGUGGAGCGAAAUGACGAACCUAAGUUGCCAGAUAUGGAUAUGAUCUCACCGAUGCUGCUUGAUUGUAAAAAUGUAACUUUUUCUGAACGAAGUGCGUAUGCGUUGAGAAAUUUUAG